CAUUGUUUUAGGUAAACGUGAAACAUAUUAGGUUCCUACGUGUUUGUGUUCUACUUCUCCGGUUGUUUAUUUUUAAUGCUUUGCAUUGAGAUUUACAUUUUUAUUUAGUAUUCAGUUAAGAAAAAAUCUUUCUUCAUUAUUUUAUCAACACAUAAACGUUCCACUUUUGUCGUCUUUCACAAUGUUUGUCUUGGGAAAGUGAUUUCAAGAAUAAAACAAUAUUUGCCAUUAUAGUUGUUAACUAGUAAAUAAACAUAAAAUUCUUAUUGCGUAAAUAAAACAGACAUUUAUAUAACCAUGGAAGAACCUAGUGUUAUUUUAUUUUAUGAGAAAUGUAGGCUGUGUCUCAAUCAACAUGGUAAAUAUAAUAUUUUCGACGUGGAAGACUUGUGUGUCGAUAUAUUACUACAUACAGGAGUUGAGAUCUCCCAGUUGGAUAAUCUGCCACAGAGGAUUUGUGAAGAUUGUGCAGAAAUCAUAAAGAAAGCAAAACAGUUAAGGAUAUUAGCAACAAAGAAUGAUUCAAACUUGAGAUUAUUGUUUGCCAGUGAAGUAAAUGUAGACCAAAGUCAGUCUGUAGAAUUAAAUAAUACAAUAUCAAGCAGUGCAGAUGAAGUUAGGAAUAAACAAGAAACUGAAAACUCAAACAAACCAUGUCGAAAUAAAGAUGCCGAGGAAAACGUGACAAAAUUUAAUUCUAAAAAGGAAAAAACAAUAGCAGUUAGAAAAGAUUUGUUUGAAACUUUAACGGUUAGUUCAUCAACUAAAAGCCAUUCAAAUCCUAGUGACAUCAAAAAGAAUGUAAACAAAAGUAAAAAAUGCAAGAAUAAGUCAGAUCAGUCUGAAACAUAUAAAUGUCAAGAAUGCAAAAAGGUAUUCGAUAAACCGAAAAAGCUGUAUCUACACAAACGCGUUCACAACAAGACAGUAGUAUGCCCGUUGGACGCGUGCAACAAAACUUUCGCCACAAGGAGCGACCUAGAGAAGCAUUUCCGAACGCACACAGGUGAAAAACCGUAUGAAUGUUGUAUAUGCCAACAAAGUUUCACGCAACGCGGCACGCUUAAAGCACACAGACGGGCCGUGCAUCAAGACGUGUUAAAUGAAAGUUAAAUGCGCUAAUUAGUUCAAAUAUAAAAUAAUAAGAGAUUAAUUAAAUUAAGAAUUAAUGGAUAUUUUGUGUGUUAAACAAUUAUUUGAUUUGUAUAGAUUUUGCUGAAAAUUGUCUCUCGUCAGAUUUAAUAGUCUGGGAUCUUCCCAGAGCAAACAUAAAUAAAAUUUUGCCUAUGGAUAAAUUCUCCGUCGUUUGCGGAGGUCAUCAUAGGGGUAUACAGAGGGAGGGCUUAGUGGAGUGUGUCCACACCAGAGUAAGAAACAGAGCCCUCAGAUAUAAGCAAAAACAGGUUAGAGAGUUUAUGUGUCUUUUUUAAAAGGCCAGGUCUUCCUAGAAAAUAUUUAAACACGUCAAUGGAGGCCAGUAGUAUUUGAUUGUCACUUUUGAAUUACGAAUACAUCUCAAAAGUACAAAACUAGUAUUUCAUAAGCUAAAAUAAGUAUUUAUAAUAUUUGGUUUUAACAUUUUUGUAAAGUAUGCUGUAUAAAGUAGCAACCGAGAACACGGUGUAGCAUUUAGUUUUUUUUUUUUAAAUGGGUGGUAAUGGAGUGGUACUCCACCUACGCUAUCGGUGGGGCACCAGUAUGGGAUGAUAGGUGAGGAUGAAAAGGCAGGUCAGUUAGUCCAUCGUGACGAAUUCUACUAAAAUUUACCACGAUGGUUUCCAGGGGAAACUGCGUGGAGCUCGACCUGAUAGGGUGUAUUGUUAGCAAUGGGUCAGUUAGAUCCUAUUACUAACAAUCCCUUUCCCCCCUAGCUUUUCGAUUGUCGUAUAUGGAACUGUGGUAACAUUGAUAGGAAAACCUGUCAUAUAAAGUGCGUGUAUGUAAUAUAUAGUAUGUAAAUAUGUAUAAUGCUUCCUUACAUAUAAAUUAACUUCAUAUGCAGUAAGUGUAUAUAUACUUUAUUUAUUUUUACUUAAAAUAUACGAUAAUAUGACAUAUUAUCAAUGUGUAUGUAUAUUAGUAGCGAGUCUAUUGUGGUAGAUCGUGAGUAGAACUUAUUAUAUUGUAUUUUACUAUAUCUAUAUAUUUUAUUUACCUAUUAUAGAGGAAUAGAUAUAUAAUAAAAUACUGUAUUUUAAUCCAGUCAAAACGUUUUAUUGUUAUUUAAUAAGAUUCUUAUAAUGGGUGCUUUCUGUGUUAACCUGUCUGACCUAAUCAUUUGACUACGGACUAUUUCAAAAAGUAUUAUAAUCGGUCAUAAAAAAGUAUUGUGUAUAAAUAAAGUUGUUACUAUUUAGGUAUUUUGUUUUGAACAUUAUUCUUUGACCCUGUAUUAAAGCACCACUGCAGUGUUAGUAUGUACCACAACAUGGUAACAGGGUGCUUAGCUACAUGUAAUUUUAUUAUUCUUUAUUUAUAAUUUUUAUGUAUUGUUUUGACGAUACAAUGAACUCCUCAAUUAUAUUUUUAUACAUAAUAUAAUUAUGUUUGUGCAACACACAUUCGCAUUAUACAUUUAAAUAAUGUCAUUAAUUUAUUAAAUUAUGAUUAAUUUUAUUUACAUAGACAUUUUAUUUUAUAGUGAUAAUAAUCAUAAUGAAUUCAUAAUGAAGUAAUCUUAUCGAAGUGCGACGUCAGAAUUGUCAUUUUUCAAAAACUUAAUAUUUCUUUUUUUAAUAUUUCUGAAUUUUUAAUAUUUAAUUUUCUGAUUGAUCUGUUAAUCAUAGAACAAAUUAAACGUAAAUCAAUCACUAAAUAAAAAUCUACCUCAUUGUCUUGUUUUAAAGUUUUCAUAUAGGUACUUUUUGUCAUGAAAAUCAAAAAUUUCAAAGAAUAUUAAUUCUAUUGUAUGAUUAACAUUUUAGCGCGCUAUCAGAGUACUUUUUAAUUAUAUAUUAUUACUAUUUAAUUAUUAUAUGGAAAUAUUGGUAAUUGAUUAUUUAGUUUUUAAAUAUUGACAGAUAAUUCUGAGGUUAUUGCAUGAAUGUACUUAGUAGAUAAGGGCCAAGUGGAGGUAGAUUGAGCGACGUCCGACAAUAAAUUAGAAACGCACCCCCGGCCCCAAGUUCUGUAUAGCUUGCAGUUUGUAUUUUUUUUUUUUUUUUUUUUUUAUU